ACGGAAGUGAUUCAAUGUUUUGGUUCCGGGUCCGUCGGUGAUGAAAUAACUAAUGAGAAAUUGGAUUUGUAAAGAUUUGCUUCUUAUUUGAGCAAACAUAGCAACUAAAGUUGAUCAUAUGAGCGUCGCCAUGGUGUCAAAGUAAGCUGGAGAGGCUUGCUUGCUAGCUGACUAGUCUCGACAAUUUUGAUACGGAUCAAGUCUUUGUUGGUUUAUACGAAAUGUGUUUGCUGCUCGGUGCAACCGGUGUUGGAAAAACUCUUCUCUUGAAACGUUUACAGAAGCUCAGUGUGAGAGAUGGCACAACUGAUUUAGGGGAACCCCCUGUUACUCUACCUACGGUGGGCACCAACCUGACAGACCUGACUCUGAAGAGGAAGAGGGUGACUGUGAGAGAGCUGGGAGGCUGUAUGAGUCCUAUCUGGCCCAGUUACUAUACGGACUGCUCCUCUGUCAUCUUCAUGGUGGACUCUGCUAACACCACCCAGAUCUCGUCGUCCUGUAUCCAGCUCCUGUCUGUCCUCUCUGCUGAACCUCUCCACACAGCCUCUGUCCUGGUUAUCUUCAACAAGAGGGACCUCCCUUGUACCAUGAGUCUCGUAGAGAUGAUGUCACUGUUCAGGAUGGAUGACAUCAUCGCCUCUGCCACCCAGCCAAUCACGACCGUGGAACUGAGCGCUCGUUCCGGCCAGGGACUCCAGGAGGUGUUGGGCUGGCUGGACUCCACCCUGACUGACUGACAAGAGUGAUGUCAUAGAAGCAUCUUCCUUCCAGGAAGCAGUUCCUCAUUGCUGGUGCUUUCAAGACAACUGGGAACUCUGGGAAAAAAUACGAGGUCAAAUCAUGACGUCAGUGAUUUUCAGGUCAGAAAGUCGGUGCUGUAGGAGGCCCGAGUUUCCGAGUUGGAAUUUCAAGUUGGAUGACCGUAAAAAAAAUAACAGUUAUCUUGAACGCACUGAAGUCAGAGAUUUCUGAGUUCCCAGUUGCUUUGAACGCACUGAGGUCAGAGAUUUCUGAGUUCCCAGUUGCUUUGAACGCACUGAAGUCAGAGAUUUCUGAGUUCCCAGUUGCUUUGAACGCACUGAGGUCAGAGAUUUCUGAGUUCCCAGUUGCUUUGAACGCACUGAGGUCAGAGAUUUCUGAGUUCCCAGUUGCUUUGAACGCACUGAGGUCAGAGAUUUCUGAGUUCCUAGUUGCUUUGAACGCACUGAGGUCAGAUAUUUCUGAGUUCCCAGUUGCUUUGAACGCACUGAGGUCAGAGAUUUCUGAGUUCCCAGUUGCUUUGAACGCACUGAGGUCAGAGAU